AUGACACUUCUCACAGCCCUCGGCCUUCGCCGCAAAAACGAUUGGGAGCCCCCAACCCUUCUCGACUCCCUCCUCAUUUCCCCUCUCCACCUGCUCGUGACGAUAAUAUUUAGCAUUCUCCUCUUCCUCCGCGGUCGCCCCUUUAGACCGCCCCGCGACAAGCCCGCCAUCCGCGUCGUCUGCCUCUCCGACACCCACGACCAAAUAAACGUCCGCGUUCCCCCGGGCGACCUACUCAUCCACGCGGGAGACCUCACCAAUGCCGGCACGGCCGACGACAUUCAGGCGCAGCUCGACUGGCUCGCCUCUUUCCCCCACCAGCACAAGAUCCUUGUCUGCGGCAACCACGACAGCUUCUUCGACCUGAGCGCCCGCCGCCCCGAGGACCGUGGCAAGACGCUCGACUUCAAGGGCAUCCGCUACCUGGUACACGAUGCCGUGACGCUGGAGUUCAAGGGCGGCCGCCGUCUGAAAAUCUACGGAUCUCCUGAUAUCCCCGCGUGUGGCGGCCCCGAGAUGGCUUUCCAAUAUGACCGCGCCUCGCCGCCGUGGGCGAACACUGUCCCAAUUGACACUGACAUUCUCGUUACGCACGCUCCUCCGCAGAAGCACCACCUGGACCUUGGUCUUGGCUGUGCCGGUCUCCUGGAGGAAGUUUGGCGAGUACGGCCGAAGCUGCACGUCUUUGGCCACGUACAUUGGGGCCAUGGCCGCCAGACCGUACACUUUGACGACUGCCAGCGAGCCUACGAGACCCUCAUCGCCCAGCCUCCGCGGGGACUUGUCCGUGACUUCUUCCCCCACUCCGGCUGGCUGGGCGCUCUGCGUGUGCUCGGCUACGGCAUACACGGCGUGAUAUGGAAAUGGCUCAUGAUUGGGCCCGGCGGCAACACCAGCAGCCUCAUGGUGAACGCGGCGCAGAUGUACGGCAACACGGGACGACUCGGGAAUCCGGUGGAGGUGGUAGAUUUAUGA